AUGAUACGUAUGCUGAUCAGGGCACUUCAUGAGAAGGAACGAAGGCGCAAAGGUGGCACGACGCGCACUCAAUUCUUCAUGGUGGCAUUCGCGUGCAGUUUUGCCUACUACAUCUUCCCAGGCUACCUGUUCGAGAUGCUCACUUCCAUUUCCUGGAUCCGUUGGAUCUUUCCCACCUCCGUAGUCGCUCAACAGCUCGGCUCGGGCCUCCACGGCCUUGGCAUAGAUGGUCUCUUUACGGCGACUGGUCAGAAAUACAACAUCUCUAGUAUUGUGGAUUCCGAGUUCCACUUCGAUGCAAAUGCCUAUGAGAAGAAUGGUCCACUGUACAUAAGCACCUUCUUUGCUGUCAGCUAUGGCCUUGGUUUUGCUUGCCUGACCGCAACGAUUGUCCAUGUUCUCCUUUUCCUUGGAAGUGAAAUUUGGCAGUUAAGCAAAUCAGCUUUCCAGGAUAGAAAGAUGGAUGUACACACAAAGCUUAUGAGGAGAUACAGGCAGGUUCCUGAAUGGUGGUUCAUUUGCAUCCUUGUCGCCGGUGCUGCAAUCGCCGUGUUCACUUCUCCAGGUUUGAAUAUCAUCACGGAGUACGACAUCAUGGGUUUCUUGUAUCCUGGACGACCUGUUGCAAACAUGUGUUUCAAGGUAUAUGGCCACGUUGCCCCUCGUCAAGCUCUAGCAUUUCUGCAAGAUUUUAAGUUGGGCCACUACAUGAAGAUUCCCCCAAGGACCAUGUUUAUGGCUCAGGUUGUAGGCACUUUGAUAUCAGCAUUUGUGUACCUUGGAACAGCAAGGUGGAUGAUGGACACAAUCCCCAAUAUAUGCAACACCGAGCUCCUCCCAGCAGGCAGCCCUUGGACCUGUCCUUACGAUCAUUUAUUCUACGAUGCAUCAGUCAUAUGGGGCCUUAUCAGCCCACGCAGAAUAUUCGGUGAUUUAGGAACUUACUCUGCUGUGAACUGGUUCUUUUUGGGCGGUGCCAUCGCUCCCCUCCUUGUCUGGCUUGCACACAAGGCAUUCCCAGGCCAAAAAUUGAGAAUAUUCUUCUUUGUAUAUAAAUAA